UUUUAAAGGUUCCAUAUUAAAAAUAGAACUAAAAAGAAAAGAAGAAAAUCAAAGGGUUUAUCCGGCGGGGUUUUUGGGUUGAUUUCUCCACAUAACAACACACUACUAUUAUUAACAACAAACUCACAUUCACUUGCCAUUCUUCACUCACUUCUCACUGACAAGGAAAAGAAAAAAAAAAAGAAAAAAAUGAACUUGGUCCCCUCUCCACAGCCAUGACAGUACCACCAAAACCACUCCACCACCACCGCCAUUCCACUUGCCACCGCCACCCCACCAGACCCAUUACCGGAUUCUGUGCUUCUUGCCUCCGCGAACGUCUCGCCGGCAUUGACCCUGACACGCACCAAGAAACCCCAAUCACCCACCUAGCCGCCGAGCUCCGCCGAAGCAAAUCAUAUUCUUGCAGCUCAAACCCUAAUAAUAAUGCCUCUUCCACCACCUCCACCAGCACCACCAACACUGCUUCGGACCAGCCCCGUCGCAAGUCUUGUGAUGUUAGGGCGAGAAACACUCUAUCCGAUCUCUUUAAUCUUGACGAUAAAAAAAGAUUUAGCUUGAAUCACAAGUUAAAGGUAGAAAACUUGGGUCUUGAACUGAAAGAAGAAGAGGAAAAUGAGGUAGAAAUUAGGGGUUUUGAAGAGGGCAGUGGGGGAAAUGUGAUUGGUAGUGAAAGAAAUCUAGAUAAUUUUGAUAAAGAUGGAGAGUUUAAAACAAUGAAAGAAUUUAUAGAUCUUGAAUGGGAGAGAAAGAGAAAUGGAGGUAAAGAUUUUAGUCUUUGGGGUGCAGCUUCAGUUUUUAGAAACAAGUUAGUUAAAUGGCAGUUAAAACAGAAGAAGAACAUUAAAAAGAAGGAAAAGAAACAUGGUGGUGAAGAUGGGGAUUUGGUAGUGGGAAUUGGGAAUACAAGCUUUAAAAGAUUAAGAGAUACCCAGUCAGAGAUUGGGGAUUAUGGGGUUGGUAGGAGAUCUUGUGAUACUGAUCCAAGAUUAUCAGUUGAUGUAGCUAGGUUGUCUGUCGAUGAUGUAAGAUACUCUUUUGAUGAACCUAGGGCUUCUUGGGAUGGAUAUUUGAUUGGUAAAACAUACCCAAGGCUUGCUCCAUUGGUUUCUGUCAUAGAGGAUGCAAAGUUAGCAGGUAAUGGGAUUGAGAAUAUGAAAGACAAUUUGGAUUUGAAGAAUGAAGUGGAGACUAGUCCUGGAGGCACAGCGCAGACUAGGGAAUUUUACUCAGAUAGGAGGAGAAGGAGGAGUUUUGAUCGUCUGGGUUCGAAAAGGAGAAUCACUUUAGGGGAUGAUGAGUUUAAAUCAAUAUUGAAUGCCAAAGUAUCUCCAGAAAUUGGGUUAUUCCAUGGAGCAAAGUUGUUGGUUACAGAGAAAGAAUUGAGGGAUUCAAAUUGGUAUUCAGUAAAAGAUUAUCAUGGCGAAAGUACUGAUGCUCUUGCUAAGGAUAUUGAUUCUGUUGCUGCUGGGAUUAGUAAAAAAGUUUUCAAAUUCAACAAGUUGCAGAGGUGGAGUAGUGUCUGGAAAAUCUGGGGUUUGAUGCAGAAGAGAAGUGAGAGCAAAUGUGGGGAUGAGGAAAGCAGUAUUGGUGGAAAUGUGGUUGAUGAGCAGGUAGGGGAGCCUUUACAGAAGCUGGGUGGAGUGCCCAAUGUGGAAGCCAAUGAGACUGUUAGCCAGAAACUUAUACGAAGUUAUACUGUUAGCGCUAGAGAUUCCAGCAAAAUGGCAUGUAGUGCGAGAACAAUUGUUGACAACAAAGAGUAUGUUAUGAAGAGAAGAGAAGAUCCUGUGCUGCAGCGAAAUCGGAGUGCCAGGUAUUCUCCAAACCACCUUGAUAAUGGCAUGUUAAGGUUCUAUUUGACUCCACUGAGGAAUUAUGGAAGAAGCAGAUCUGGAAAGAGUAGGCUACAGAAUUCACACUCUAUGACAAGGAAUGUUUUAUAAAGGUGCAUUUGAUCGUCCUCCAAUGGAAUGUGAUGUUGUAAAAACAUGAAUGAAUGUGGUUCCUUGUUCUAUAGAUAAAAACACUUCAUUUUUAUUUUAACCCUUCUCUCUGCUUAAUACGCAUUUCAGAUAAUUCAGCAAUGGUAAUUAUAACAUUUUUGUUUCUAGUCAA